CUUCAGCUGGCUAGCUGUGUUCUGUACAUACGGUAGUCGGACUGAUCUGUGAGAAUCUACAUACGACCUUGACUUAUUGUACAAGACAAGACAACCACAACAUGGUGAUCAUCAGCAAGCCUAAUAGCGCACUGCGGCUGAAGGUAGUGAUUGUGGGUGCAGGUAUCGGCGGCAUGGCAGCCGCAGUGGGCUGCGGCCUCGCCGGGCACGACGUGCUGGUCCUCGAAGAUGCACCGGCCAUCGCUGAAGUUGGCGCCGGCCUACAAGUGGCACCUAACAUGAUGCGGAUCCUGACGCGGUGGGGUCUCCGCGACAUCGUGAUCGCCAGCUCGGUCUCGCUGACGAGCGUCCACAUCCGGCGGUGGUCGAGCGGCGCUCUCCUCGGCGAAGCGCCCGUCAACAAGUCGUUCGGCGACCAAUACGUGAUCCACCGGGCGGACCUUCACCGCGCGCUGUACGAGCGCGCCGUCAGGCUGCCGAAUGUGCGGGUGCGGGUGAACGCGACUGUUGUGUCGGCCGAUUUCGGCGAGGAGGAAGGGGGGAAGGGCGCGGGGGUGCUGUUGAAGGGUGGGGAAAGGGUCAAGGCCGACGUGGUCCUGGCCGCGGACGGGAUCAAGUCCCGAUUGCGGCAGCAGAUGCUUGGGCUGGACGUGGACACGCCGACGCCGACGGGCGAUGCCGCCUACCGUGUUAUCCUCCCGCGAGCGGCAAUGCUGUCCGAUCCCGACCUGCGCGAGCUCAUCGAUACUCCGCGGGGCACACGGUGGAUCGGCCCCGGACGGCACAUCAUGGCAUACCCGAUCAAGGCGCACCAGCAAUACAACAUGGUGCUGCUGCACCCGGACACGUCUGAGGGCAGCGAGGAGUCAUGGACCGCGGUGGGAACGAAGCAGGAACUGGUCGAUACGUAUAAGGGGUGGGAUCCGGUGCUGCAAAAGAUCUUUGCCUUGAUUCCCGACGAGAAGGUUAUGAGGUGGAAGCUUUGCACGCAUGGGUUUUUGGAGACGUGGACGAAAAGUCGUGUGGCGCUGCUGGGGGAUGCCUGUCACCCUAUGCUGUUUGUCGUCCCCAUCCGCCCCAUCACUCUACUUCCUCAACUAACAUGUACCAGGCCAUACGUAGCCCAAGGUGCCGCGCAAGCCGUCGAAGACGCCGCCACACUCGCGGUGCUCUUGUCCUCCAUCCCGGACAGAUCCUCCAUCCCGCAAGCUCUACGGCUCUACCAGAUCGCACGAAAAACGCGGGCGGAAACGAUCCAAGGCACGGCGAUGAGCAACCGCGAAGCACUGCACAUGCCCGACGGCCCGGCCCAGAUCGAGCGCGACACAAAGUUCGCAAACAUCUUUGGCGGUGGCGAGAACCCGGAUAAGUGGGGUGACCCCACGCAGCAGGAGUUUUUGUGGGGGUGGGACGCUGAGGAUGCUGCAAGGAAGGUGUUAGGCAAGGGAGACGGAGUCAGGAGUAUGCUGUAG